UCACUCUUCUUUCUCUUUCUCCUUCUCCUUUUCAACCAUUUUUCACUCUUUAAUAACCCACCAAACUUUGCAACAUUGCCCAAUCCUACCAAACAAGGUCAUCAUCAAAUUCCCCAAAAAAAUCACUAUCACACUCACACUCAUCAUCAUCAUCACUUUCUCCUUUCAACAAUGGAAGAGGUGUGGAAAGACAUAAACCUCGCUACCUUAAAUGACCAAGUCACUACAACGCACUCCAACUUCGGAGGAGUAAUCCUCCAAGACUUUCUCGCUCGACCCUUCACCAUCGAACCACCAAACACCAUUCUUUCCUCCCAAACCCCCUCCCUCUACGCCGCCCCCUCCUCGCCGGCGCCACCACUCCUCACCGCUCUCAGCCUCAGCUCCCACCCCCACCUCCAUUUCGACCCUCACACGCACAAACCCCACCACCACCCUCCUCCACCCUCCAACCACCCUUGCUUCGCCGCCCCAACCACCGCCUCCUUAGGCGCCAAGAGAUUCGCAGAACCCGAUUGCAACCUCGGCGACAGAAGAAACAAGCGCAUGAUCAAGAACCGCGAGUCCGCUGCACGAUCGCGAGCCAGGAAACAGGCUUACACGAAUGAAUUGGAGGUAGAAGUUGAGCAAUUGAAGGAAGAGAAUGCAAGGCUGAAAAGACAGCAAAAACAGUUAAGUGAAGUUGCAGCGAGUGAGCAAAAGAAGAAGGGUAGCCUAUAUCGAGCAUCUACGGCUCCAUUUUGAGGAGGGUUCUCGAUGGUUUAACCCACUUCACCCACAUGCCCCUCAAUCUUCGGUUUACCCUUUUCAGUGAUAAUGAUGUAAUGCAUUUCUGGAUUUGUGGUGCCCAAAUUUCCACGUUUAAACCUUUUCUGACCUUACAUAGUAAUAGUAGUAGUUAGUAAUUUGGGGAAUAUGUAUGAGAAGAAACAAGAAUGGUAUUGCACUCUUAACUAGUUUUCAGUUUUAACGUCUUGCUCUUUAGUUUUUCCUCUUUAUCGCUAAAAUUUCUUCUUGCGGAAACUAAUGUAAUGUCCCUGUUUCUUGUU